CCAAAAACAUGUUCCCUAUCAAAAUGAAGUACUAACCACUCAAUAAAUACAGGCGGUGGUCCCAAGUCAAUAUCUCGAAAAAUGUGCAUAGCAAAUGCAUGUGAAAUAUGUUUUUUUAAUUUGUCCAAUGUUGAAAAAAGCCGCCAUUUUAAAUUGUGAUUUUAGUGGUUUUCUCGUGCACCGAUUUUUGGCAACUUUUAGUAUGUCAUUCUGCAAACCCAACUCUACAAAAUAAAACCAUAAAACGUUUUCUUGCAAUUUUUUUAACGGUCCCUAUGUAAGUUUGUUUAGUUUGCCUGGACUAAGGGGAGAGGAGAAUCCAAUGAAUGAUUCCAUGAAGAAUGAAGAAGAAAGGAAUCGUUCAAUCGUUUCGUUUGUCAUCUUCUUGUGUUGUGUGUUGUGUUGUGACUAAUAAAAUUACAAAUAACAUUGUUGAGUUGUGUUGAUGUUUACGUUUCAUAUCACAUAACUGGAACAGAUAGGCUACCGUAGUUGAAAACUGGCGAUAACAUCCAACAACAAAUGAUACUUGGUGUUCACCAAUACAUUGGUGGUCUUUUUAUCAACGAUGGAAAAUUCAGAGGAGAAUCUACCAGCUAACCUGGAAAAGUUGCAGAUUAGCCCCCUUAGUGCUCAGCCGAGAUGUGUUGCCAACUUUAACCCUUUUGCUGCAAACAAUGUUGCUACAACGGCCUUAGUUGCUGUGGGGACUUCGUCUUCUUCACCUGAGUCAGUCUUUCAGUCUUUGUCUCUGUACGGUGCAGAAUGUCCAUCGGGCUCUUGUUUGUGUAACAAGAAGAAGAAAUCUCAGAUGAGCACGUUUGUGCAGAAGACGAGUUUCAAGCGGCCAGUGCUGAGACGCAGCCACCUCGGUGUGGUGAGUCGUCGAGUUCUGAGAGCUCCAGUCCUUCGCUUCAGAGAGACAGUGGCAAUCAUGCGUCCCUUGGACCAUCCGACAACUCUUACCUCUCACCUAGCCUCGCUUGAUCUGUCAACCUCACAGGGCAAAUUGCUCGGACUGGAUCCGCAAAACAUGAAAGAUUUCAAAUCCCUUGUGUCGUUCAAUCCGAAACUCGAUCUAAAAUACAAAUCACUCUCCCGAUUCGAAACCGUAAGCUUCAUCGAGUUGAGAACAAAGAGGGAUAAACAUUUCAUUGUCGGCUUGCGGUCGCCGAGAAGAAGAACGUAUUCUGAUAGCACUGCCCUCUCGUUACCCUCCACCUCGGAAAGUGAGAGUGAGACUGCCCAGCGGCCGCAGGCCUCGUGCUCUAUUCAGGCGAGGAUGACUCCCGAUGAUACUAACAUCGACGAGCUCGCUAGCUACUUCGACCUGUUUGUUCACAUCCCGAAAAAGAUGUCACACAUGGCUGAAAUGAUGUAUAUUUAAAUCUGAAAAGCCAGUUUGGCAAGGACUAUUCCAUUUUUUUGUUAUCGAGUGUGUGAAACAACGCUGAUUAGUAUUCUCUUUGAUCCUUAUACAAAUUGGUACAAACUAUGUGUGGUUUUUGUUUAUUGUCAGCUUAUUUGCUUAAGCCUUUUUUUCAUUAAAUUAUUGUAUUUCUUAUUUAACAAUAUUAAAUAUUUACAGCAAUAA